CGUCAGGAUGAAGACGAGGAUGAUGAUUCUACCUCUUCCCCCUCCUCCCUCCUCAUCCCUUGCUCCCCUCCUUCUCUUCCAUCUCCUUUCCCUUCACAGUAGCGCCAGAGUCCGGUGGAGUGUCUCUUGCUCAAGUCCCUCUUCCUGCUUUCCACCUUGCGUGUUCUUUUACCUUUUUGGAACUUCUGACGUCCAAACCUCACCUCUUCCUCCUCCUUCCUCUCCUCCUCCACCUCCUUCUCUUCCUCUCGCUCUUCCACUUCCCCCUCCGUGGCCGUCACCCAUCUGGACUGGAUCUUUUCACGCUUUUGCUGGCAUGAGUGCACCUCCGGUCCUUCGCACUCCCAGCCCGCUCUCCUUCCCUGGAGGGCAGGCAGGGGGAGGAGAAAGAGGAGGAGGAGGUGGCGGCGGCGGCAGCGGCGGAGGAGGCAGCGGCGGAGUAGGCGUGCUCUCCUUUCACAUCCAGAUCGGUCUGAGCCGAGAGCCGGUCCUGCUGGACUCGGCAAAUGCGAGUCUGUCUCAGGUGCGCGAGGUGGCCUGCUCCAUCGUUGACCAGAAGAUUCCCGAGUGCGGCUUUUACGGCAUGUAUGACAAGAUCCUGCUCUUCCGCCACGACUCGGCGUCGGACAACGUUCUGCAGCUGCUCCGCUCGGCUUCGCAGAUUCAGGAUGGAGAUCUGGUGGAGGCUGUCCUCUCGGCUUCGGCCACGGUGGAGGACUUCCAGAUCCGACCGCAUUGCCUGUUCGUGCACUCAUACCGGGCGCCCGCCUUUUGCGACCACUGCGGCGAGAUGCUGUGGGGGCUGGUGCGCCAGGGCCUCAAAUGCGAGGGCUGCGGUUUGAACUACCACAAGCGCUGCGCCUUUAAGAUCCCCAACAACUGCAGCGGCAUGAGGAGACGGCGCCCGUCCAACGUGUCCCUGACGGGGGUGUCGGCCAACACGGGGGGGCGCCCCCUCUCCACUGAGCCCUCGCCGCCACUCUACGCCGACGAGGCCCUGCUGUCUCCCGUCAGUCCCAACAUGGAGAAAUGGUCGGCGGAGGCGUGGUGGGGUCGCGAGCGGCGCGCCAGCUGCCAGUCGUACGUGGGCCGACCUGUCCAGCUGGACAAGCUGUUGCUGUCCAAGGUGAAGGUUCCUCACAGCUUCCUCAUCCACUCGUACACGCGGCCCACCGUCUGCCAGCACUGCAAGAAACUCCUCAAGGGCCUCUUCAGGCAGGGCCUGCAGUGCAAAGAUUGUCGGUUCAACUGUCACAAGCGUUGUGCUCCAAAAGUUCCGAACAACUGCUUGGGAGAAGUUUCGAGAAAUGGAGAGUUGUUAAGUCCUGGGCCGGAAUCUGACGUCGGCACGGUGGACGGUUGCCUUGACGAUCAGGAGAGGGGCGGCAGCCUGACGGAAGACGCAGACGACAUGGCCGCUACGACAGAUGACAUGACCAUUGCCAUGACGACGGAGGUGGGGACCGGAGACCUGGGAGACUCCCAAGACCUGGAUGGAGAUGAGUCCAAUCGAGCCAUCAGCCCAUCAACCAGUAGCAACAUCCCCCUCAUGAGAGUCGUCCAGUCUGUCAAACACACCAAGAGGAAGAACAGCAAUGUCAUGAAAGAAGGCUGGAUGGUCCACUACACGAGCAAGGACACUCUGAGGAAGAGACAUUACUGGCGCCUGGACAGUAAAUGCAUCACGCUGUACCAGAAUGACACAGGAAGCAAAUAUUAUAAGGAGAUUCCGCUGUCGGAGAUCUUGUCGCUGGAGGCUGCUCGGAACUUUUCACGUCUCCCGGACGGCGCCAACACGCACUGCUUCGAAAUCACCACCACGGCCGCGCUGGUUUACUUUGUGGGCGAGGACUCGUGCGGCGGCCGCGGCGCCGCGGGCGCCAACGUGCUGGUGAGCGGCAUGGGUCAGGACGUGGCCCGCGUGUGGGAGAUGGCCAUCCGACACGCACUCAUGCCUGCCGUCUCCUCGGGCGUCUCCUAUGGUUGCCACGGCGACGGGCACAAGGAGAUCUCCAUCAGCAUUUCUGUUUCCAAUCGUCACAUCCAGGAGAAUGUGGACAUCAACUCCAUCUAUCAGAUCUUUCCAGACGAAGUUCUUGGCUCGGGACAGUUUGGAAUCGUCUACGGAGGAAAACACAGGAAGUCGGGCCGCGAUGUGGCUAUCAAGAUCAUCGACAAGCUUCGCUUCCCAACCAAACAGGAGAGUCAGCUCAGAAACGAGGUGGCUAUAUUGCAGAACCUGCACCACCCCGGCGUGGUCAACCUGGACUGCAUGUUUGAGACUCCUGAGCGCGUUUUUGUCUUGAUGGAGAAGCUCCACGGGGACAUGCUGGAGAUGAUCCUCUCCAGCGAGAAAGGGCUCCUGCCCGAGCGCAUCACCAAGUUCCUCGUCACGCAGAUCCUGGUGGCUCUGCGUCACCUCCACUUCAAGAACAUCGUCCACUGUGACCUGAAACCCGAAAACGUCCUGCUGGCGUCUGCCGAUCCGCUCCCGCAGGUGAAACUGUGCGACUUUGGAUUUGCGCGCAUCAUCGGCGAGAAAUCGUUCCGCCGCUCGGUAGUGGGCACGCCGGCGUACCUGGCGCCAGAGGUACUGCGCAACAAAGGCUACAACCGCUCGUUGGACAUGUGGUCGGUUGGCGUCAUUGUUUACGUUAGUCUCAGCGGAACGUUCCCGUUCAACGAAGACGAAGACAUCAACGAUCAAAUCCAGAACGCCGACUUCAUGUACCCGCCGCACCCCUGGAAAAACGUCUCCCCCGAAGCCAUCGACCUGAUCAACAAUCUACUGCAGGUGAAGAUGAGGAAACGUUACAGCGUUGACAAAACACUCAGUCACGCAUGGCUGCAGGACUACCAAAUGUGGCUGGACCUGCGCAGCCUGGAGAGGCGCGUGGACGAGCGCUACGUGACGCACGAGAGCGACGACCUGCGCUGGCAUCAGCAUGCCAGGCUCACCGGAGUCCACGCGCACGCCUUUCAGCAGGGGGCGCCACUCUACCUGGCCCGCGGGGACGAGCUGGAGACGCUGAGCGAGCGUGUCAGCGAACUCUGAAAGCAACAGGAAGAAAACACAGAAAAUGGAAGGGAACAAACAGGAAGUUGGCGCAAAAACAACAGGAAACGGAUGGGGAAAAACAGGAAGUUGAUGCAAAAACAAGAAGUAGAUGGAAACAAACAGAAAAUAGAAAUACUAUAAACAAAAGAUUGAUGGGGACAGACAGGAAGUUGGGACAAAACGGACAGCAAGUGUCGUGCCAAGCAGCCGCCUUUUCUUUCUUGUACCACUUGAUUUCGACACAAGCAAGCGACUGGUAGCAGCUUGUCUCGAUGUGUUUGUAAGAUAAACUUUGUUGACUCUCUGCCAUCAAACACCCAUGUGCUAGCACUGUUGGCAUCCUAUGCUAACGGUGCCUUUCUCGUUUCUCUUCGUCUUUUGUUAGCAUCCACCUUAUGGCAUGCAGUCACGUUUCAUUCCAACUAAAGCAAAAGCGUAUCGCUGCUUGUCACAGUAAUCCGCUAGGCGUUAGCACUAAAAUGACAAACCGGAUGAAACGACAACAAAACUUUGUUGAAAAGAUGUCCUAACAGAUUACAGCAGUGCUUCUCAAUUAUUUUCUGUUACGCCCCCCCCUAGCAAGAAGAAAACUAUUCGCGCCCCCCCUCCCCACCGUGACUAUCCUAACUUGUCUUGUAAGUCGUAAAAUGUUGCACUGUCGCAAACGUGACAGAAGUAACAAUGAGAGCGCCACUGCCCCCUGCUGUAGUAAACGCGCAAUUACACUUUAUUCUAGUACUGCCAAAAAAAAAGCCUGUUCCCCAGGGUCACACGCGCCCCCCCAGGAAUAGCACCGCGCCCCCCAAGGGGGGCGCGCCCCACUAUUUGAGAAGCACUGGAUUACAGUAAUCCCUCGUUUAUCGCGGAUAAUUGGUCCGAAAAACACCGGCGAUAAGUGAAAUCCGAAAGUACUGAGCAGGCUAACGAGUUAGCGGAAAUAUGCUAAUUCGCGAGCGUGCUAACACGUGAAAACGGACUAAUAAAGGAAUGUAAACAAACAUUUGGAGCAAUACUACAUUGUCCUAAAGGUUAGACACAGGUUUCCUCAAUUUAGAAGUUUUAUUUUGACUUUGAAAUUGUUUUUUUAAUUUGGAAAAAAAAUCCGCGAUGUAGCGAGGCCGCGAUAAACGAAACGCGAAGUAACGAGGGAUCACUGUAGCAAUUUGCCAAUGGUCUGACUACCACAACGUCAUUCAUUGUUUAUCAGGAGUGUGUGAAUGAUUUGAGUGAAUAAAUACAUUUUUAAAAUUUG